AUGCCACUCUCGGAUGGCGCCAGAGUGGCCAUGCACGUUGACGCCCUUGCCGUGCUGGACGAUAUACGGCGAACAGGGCAACUCAUAGAAGAGUUCCGCUGGCUGAAGAAGCACGGUGGAAGCCGUGUGGCGCUGGAGCGACUGCGAUCAGAAAUCAACAAACUUAAAGCGUCUCAAGCCAGUUUACUCGAAUCUCGAGGAAAAGGGAAAGAUCCGCACGGUGCACAGUACGAAACCUUCCAUGCAUCGCCAUCAUAUCAGGGUGAUGGAUUGAUUAUUACUCCGCGAUCACGCCCUGACAGACUCCAGCAGGAAGGUUUAGAGGCCCCUAUGCAUGUUGGUUGUACGCCUGAUGUAGACAGAAGGGGUGUAACGGAAAAACAUGGAACAAUUGCAUUAGACCAUAAACAGUAUGAUAAGCCCAAUCAAGACAAAGAGAGGGUCCAUUUAAAACCACUUUUGUCUUCGACUCCUUCUAACCAGGAAUACAAGAGAUAUUGCUCCGUUGUAUUUGCAGUUGUUCUGGCAGAGGCACAUAUAAGACGUGAAAUUAUUCACAAAUACGAAAAACGUCGAUUAAAGCUUAUUAACAACUUCAAAGAAGGUUGCAUCAUCAUUGCAUUGUCAAAUAGACCACCAUACCUCCACGGUGUAUCAGGAACAUCAAACAGCAAUGUUGGCCCACGUCACGAGUAUUACCUUGUCUCAGAACCAAAUAAAGAAUGCCAUUCAACAUCAGUAAGAACCUCCAUAAUUCAGCACACCCACCGUACUAAUUCAUUUUCCUACAUCAAGCAACAGGAGUUGUUUAUCCCGCCAAUCCAUUCUAUGAAAGAAGAAAAUCCUUGCAAAACGAACUACGAAACAACGUACGAGAGCAAUACCCCAUACGAAAUAAGUCACACAAAAGCACAACAGAAACAGUGGGCCAUAAAAAAUGCCAACGAGGAAACCGCCACACGGAAAGCUGAGGAAGAAGAAGCUGCCAGACGGAAGGCUGAGGAAGAAAAAGCUGCCAGACAGAAGGCCGCGGAGGAAGAAGCUGCCAGACGGAAGGCUGCGGAGGAAGAAGCUGCCAGACGGAAGGCUGAGGAGGAAGAAGCUGCCAGACAGAAGGCCGCGGAGGAAGAAGCUGCCAGACAGAAGGCUGCGGAAGAAGAAGCUGCCAGACAGAAGGCUGCGGAGGAAGAAGCUGCCAGACAGAAGGCUGCGGAAGAAGAAGCUGCCAGACAGAAGGCUGCGGAAGAAGAAGCUGCCAGACGGAAGGCCGCGGAGGAAGAAGCUGCCAGACGGAAGGCUGCGGAGGAAGAAGCUGCCAGACGGAAGGCCGCGGAGGAAGAAGCUGCCAGACGGAAGGCUGCGGAAGAAGAAGCUGCCAGACGGAAGGCUGAGGAGGAAGAAGCUGCCAGACAGAAGGCCGCGGAGGAAGAAGCUGCCAGACAGAAGGCUGCGGAAGAAGAAGCUGCCAGACAGAAGGCUGCGGAAGAAGAAGCUGCCAGACAGAAGGCUGCGGAGGAAGAAGCUGCCAGACGGAAGGCUGAGGAGGAAGAAGCUGCCAGACGGAAGGCCGCGGAGGAAGAAGCUGCCAGACAGAAGGCUGCGGAGGAAGAAGCUGCCAGACGGAAGGCUGAGGAGGAAGAAGCUGCCAGACGGAAGGCUGCGGAGGAAGAAGCUGCCAGACGGAAGGCUGCGGAAGAAGAAGCUGCCAGACGGAAGGCCGCGGAGGAAGAAGCUGCCAGACAGAAGGCUGCGGAGGAAGAAGCUGCCAGACGGAAGGCUGCGGAAGAAGAAGCUGCAAGACGGAAGGCUGAGGAGGAAGAAGCUGCCAGACGGAAGGCUGAGGAGGAAGAAGCUGCCAGACAGAAGGCUGCGGAGGAAGAAGCUGCCAGACGGAAGGCUGAGGAGGAAGAAGCUGCCAGACGGAAGGCCGCGGAGGAAGAAGCUGCCAGACAGAAGGCCGCGGAGGAAGAAGCUGCCAGACGGAAGGCUGAGGAGGAAGAAGCUGCCAGACGGAAGGCUGCGGAGGAAGAAGAGGCUUUUCUGAGUCGUGAUCGCGAGCUUAUACGGAGUGCGACCGCCCAUUGUAUCAGCGGUUUUGCAGAUAAUUUUCUGUCAGAGUGUGUUGCGAGCGCUGCUGGCACCUUCCGCACUGAGCUGGAUAGACGAGUGGCGGAAGAAGAGGCUGCCAGACGGAAGGCUGCGGAAGAAGAGGCUGCCAGACGGAAGGCUGCGGAGGAAGAAGCUGCCAGACGGAAGGCUGAGGAGGAAGAAGCUGCCAGACGGAAGGCUGCGGAGGAAGAAGCUGCCAGACGGAAGGCUGCGGAGGAAGAAGCUGCCAGACGGAAGGCUGCGGAAGAAGAAGCUGCCAGACGGAAGGCUGAGGAGGAAGAAGCUGCCAGACGGAAGGCUGCGGAGGAAGAAGCUGCCAGACGGAAGGCUGCGGAAGAAGAAGCUGCCAGACGGAAGGCUGAGGAGGAAGAAGCUGCAAGACAGAAGGCCGCGGAGGAAGAGGCUGCCAGACGGAAGGCUGCGGAGGAAGAAGCUGCCAGACGGAAGGCUGCGGAGGAAGAAGCUGCCAGACGGAAGGCUGCGGAAGAAGAAGCUGCCAGACGGAAGGCUGAGGAGGAAGAAGCUGCAAGACAGAAGGCCGCGGAGGAAGAAGCUGCCAGACAGAAGGCCGCGGAGGAAGAAGCUGCCAGACGGAAGGCCGCGGAGGAAGAAGCUGCCAGACAGAAGGCUGCGGAAGAAGAGGCUGCCAGACGGAAGGCUGCGGAGGAAGAAGCUGCCAGACGGAAGGCUGCGGAAGAAGAAGCUGCCAGACGGAAGGCUGAGGAGGAAGAAGCUGCAAGACAGAAGGCCGCGGAAGAAGAAGCUGCCAGACAGAAGGCUGAGGAGGAAGAAGCUGCCAGACGGAAGGCUGCGGAAGAAGAAGCUGCAAGACGGAAGGCUGAGGAGGAAGAAGCUGCCAGACGGAAGGCCGCGGAGGAAGAAGCUGCCAGACGGAAGGCCGCGGAGGAAGAAGCUGCCAGACAGAAGGCCGCGGAGGAAGAAGAGGCUUUUCUGAGUCGUGAUCGCGAGCUUAUAGGGAGUGCGACCGCCCAUUGUAUCAGCGGUUUUGCAGAUAAUUUUCUGUCAGAGUGUGUUGCGAGCGCUGCUGGCACCUUCCGCACUGAGCUGGAUAGACGAGUGGCGGAAGAAGAGGCUGCCAGACGGAAGGCUGAGGAGGAAGAAGCUGCCAGACAGAAGGCCGCGGAGGAAGAAGCUGCCAGACGGAAGGCCGCGGAGGAAGAAGCUGCCAGACAGAAGGCUGCGGAAGAAGAGGCUGCCAGACGGAAGGCUGCGGAGGAAGAAGCUGCCAGACGGAAGGCUGCGGAAGAAGAAGCUGCCAGACGGAAGGCUGAGGAGGAAGAAGCUGCAAGACAGAAGGCCGCGGAAGAAGAAGCUGCCAGACAGAAGGCUGAGGAGGAAGAAGCUGCCAGACGGAAGGCUGCGGAAGAAGAGGCUGCCAGACGGAAGGCUGAGGAGGAAGAAGCUGCCAGACGGAAGGCUGAGGAGGAAGAAGCUGCCAGACGGAAGGCCGCGGAGGAAGAGGCUGCCAGACGGAAGGCUGAGGAGGAAGAAGCUGCCAGACGGAAGGCUGAGGAGGAAGAAGCUGCAAGACAGAAGGCCGCGGAAGAAGAAGCUGCCAGACAGAAGGCUGCGGAGGAAGAAGCUGCUAGACGGAAGGCUGCGGAAGAAGAAGCUGCCAGACGGAAGGCUGCGGAGGAAGAAGCUGCCAGACGGAAGGCUGAGGAGGAAGAAGCUGCAAGACGGAAGGCUGAGGAGGAAGAAGCUGCAAGACGGAAGGCUGAGGAGGAAGAAGCUGCCAGACGGAAGGCUGAGGAGGAAGAAGCUGCCAGACAGAAGGCCGCGGAGGAAGAAGCUGCCAGACGGAAGGCCGCGGAGGAAGAAGAGGCUUUUCUGAGUCGUGAUCGCGAGCUUAUACGGAGUGCGACCGCCCAUUGUAUCAGCGGUUUUGCAGAUAAUUUUCUGUCAGAGUGUGUUGCGAGCGCUGCUGGCACCUUCCGCACUGAGCUGGAUAGACGAGUGGUGGAAGGAGAGGCUGCCAGACAGAGGGCCGCGGAGGAAGAAGCUGCCAGACGGAAGGCUGCGGAGGAAGAAGCUGCCAGACGGAAGGCCGCGGAGGAAGAAGCUGCCAGACGGAAGGCUGAGGAGGAAGAAGCUGCCAGACAGAAGGCUGCGGAAGAAGCUGCCAGACGGAAGGCUGCGGAAGAAGCUGCCAGGCGGAAGGCUGCGGAAGAAGAAGAGGCUUUUCUGAGUCGUGAUCGCGAGCUUAUACGGAGUGCGACCGCCCAUUGUAUCAGCGGUUUUGCAGAUAAUUUUCUGUCAGAGUGUGUUGCGAGCGCUGCUGGCACCUUCCGCACUGAGCUGGAUAGACGAGUGGUGGAAGGAGAGGCUGCCAGACAGAAGGCUGCGGAGGAAGAAGCUGCCAGACGGAAGGCUGAGGAAGAAGAGGCUGCCAGACGGAAGGCUGCGGAGGAAGAGGCUGCCAAACAGAAGGCUGAGGAGUUUAUUGAGACAUCAAGGAAUAAUGAAGUUAGGACUGUGUCUGGAUGUGUAGAAAGUGUCUUUUUGCAGAAUAAGUUGGAUGAAAGAUUUCCCCGAAUGGUGAAGGAGGAUGAGUUAUCGUGUUUUCAAGAGUGUGUUUUUAAUGUAUGUGAGGCAUUGCUAAUUGAAUGGCUUGUUGAGGCUGCUGAUUUGGUGAAUAGUGAGGGCGGUAGUGCUAUUACCACGGGCACUUUGGAUGUCACGGGGAGGACUUGCCCACCCGAUAUCAAGGCUCACGACUCCGAUAGAAGCGAUUCUUUGGGUGUAUUGGGUGGAAAGUCUUCAAAAGCUAGCCCGUUACAGGCGAGGGAAACUAGCGCUGUAGAGAGGGUGCAAUAUGGUGAAUCUGUAGAAAAUACGGCAGGUGAUUCUCUACUUGUCUUGGGGGACCCCACGCCGGUUUUACAUAAAGAGGAUGCGCAAAGUGUUGUCACGGUUCCCAUCUCUGCUGCAGUUGUUAAAGCCGAUAUCAUCCGUAAGCAACUGUUAUCAGGCGAUCAGGUCAACAUUGCUUUGGGUCCUGCUGUUACGGGCGAGGUUUGGUCGUGCCCCACUCCCGGUGUCAAAAAGGGUGGAGGCAGCAACGCCGCGAUGACGGAGGCGGUGACAGUGUACAUAGUCGAGCAAGCGGGUGUGGCUGUAGAGGCGAUUGGUGACGCUGGUGAUUUAUCGUACGCAACGGUAGAAGCAACGCUUUGGCGUGGUCUUAUUGGGGCGACCUCCGCCGCCGUUGCGUCGACAGAUGAAGUGACUGAAGAGUGGCGUGCCGGUCUUAGGGCGUUGGCGGAGCGCAUUGCCUCAGAUUACGUCUAUUUUGCGUCGAAGCAAAAAUUGCGGAAGCUCGAUGAAUAUCUUUGGCACGCUGAGGCGUUUCUUACACCGGAAGAAAUCACAGCGCGCUCCAUCGCCGCCGUCACCCCGCGGCGCUUUUUCAAUGGCUUGCAGCGAAGCGAUGUGCGGUUCCUGAUACAUCACUAUUUGGAACUCGCCCGCAAAGGGACGCUCAACGAGGACAUUUACACAGAGGCAAGAUUGCGCGAAAAUCUUUUUGAACGGCAGCACGAUGAUGUCGCGUCACCUUUGCUUUCACAGCAAACCAGCGGCACAACGACGAAAAAAAACAAUGCUAGUGGUCGAACUAUUCUUGCCGUUAACCGACGCCGUGCCGGGCUAACGCAGUUGGUGCUUGGGCAUGCCCUGGAAAACCUUUUGGAGGAAACGGUUGCAGAGACCAGUAAGUGGAUUGCGUCUCUUGUGGCAAAUUAG